AAGAUGAAUAAACAAAUAAUUAGUUUUGUUCUUCUUUUGCUCUUUUCAUGUUUGGUACAUGGAGAAGAUCCUUAUCUUACUUUCGAGUGGAAAGUUACUUAUGGAACUAUUUCACCUCUAGGUGUACCACAACAAGUCAUUUUAAUCAAUGGUCAAUUCCCUGGACCUAAAAUUAAUUGUACAUCAAACAACAACAUUGUUGUAAAUGUAAUCAAUCAAUUAGAUGAACCAUUCCUUAUAACAUGGAAAGGGAUUCAACAAAGGAAGAAUUCAUGGCAAGAUGGUACAUUGGGGACAAAUUGUCCUAUCCCUCCUGGUAAAAAUUUCACCUAUCAUUUCCAGGUUAAGGAUCAGAUCGGUAGCUAUUACUAUCACCCAACAACCGCGCUACAUAGGGCAGUUGGAGGGUAUGGUCCUAUAACUAUAUAUAGUCGCGCAUUGAUCCCUGUCCCAUUUGAUACACCGGCUGAUGAUUUCACCGUUCUUGUGAGUGAUUGGUAUACUAAUAGUCAUAAAUCAUUGAAAGGUCUUUUAGACACGGGGCGUUCACUAGGAAGGCCAGAUGGGAUUGUUAUAAAUGGUAAAAGCGGAAAAGGUGAUGGUAAAGAUGAGCCUAUGUUUACAAUGGUUAAAGGAAAGACAUAUAGGUUUAGGUUUUGUAACGUAGGUAUGAAGGAUACAAUCAAUGUUCGAAUUCAAGGACAUACAAUGAAACUUGUUGAGAUGGAAGGAUCUCACACUGUUCAAAAUUUGUAUGAGUUGUUGGAUAUUCAUUUGGGACAAUGCUUAUCUGUCUUGAUUACUGCUGAUCAAAACCCUAAGGACUAUUUCAUUGUUGCUACUUCACGUUUUACUAAGGAAUCUCGUGUCGCGACUGCCACCAUCCGUUAUGCCAACGGUAAAGGUCCCGCCUCUCCUCUUGAAAAGAAAGAAGCUCCGGAAGGAUGGGAGUGGUCACUCAACCAAUUCAACUCAUUCCGUUGGAAUUUGACCGCGAGUUCAGCUAGACCUAACCCUCAAGGUAGUUACCACUACGGUCAAAUCAACAUCACACGAACCAUUAGGUUGGUGAGCACCGCCGGUGUUGUGAACGGGAAACACCGUUACGCCAUCAACGGUGUCUCACACACGGAUCCCGAGACACCGAUUAAGUUGGCUCAAUACUAUGGUGUUGCGGACAAGGUGUUUAAAUAUGGACUAUGUAAGGAUGAGUAUAUACCACCAAGUGGAAAUGAAGUAAUCACAAUUGCACCUAAUGUGGUUAAUGUUACAUAUCGCAAUUUUGUUGAAAUUAUACUUGAAAAUCAUGAGAAGAGUGUUCAAUCUUGGCAUUUGGAUGGAUUCAACUUCUUUGCUGUUGCGAUUGCGCCAGGGAGAUGGAAGCCAGAGAUGAGACAAAACUACAACUUACUUGAUGCUGUGAGUAGGAGCACAAUCCAAGUGUACCCAAAUUCAUGGGCUGCAAUUAUAACAACUCUUGACAAUGCUGGGCUUUGGAAUUUAAGGUCCAAUGCACUUGAAAAACAAUAUUUGGGCCAUCAACUCUAUUUUAGUGUUAAUGCACCAAACACAUCUUUGAAAGAUGAGUACAACAUGCCUGAUAAUGAUAUAUUGUGUGGAAUCAUCAAGGAUUUGCCUCAUCCAAAACCUUACUCCAUAUAA